AUGAGAGACCUUUUUGUAUUGGGAGGGUCAUCACAUCCAAAUUUAACGCGAUCUAUUUGUCGUAAUUUAACUAUUGAUCAAGCAUUUGUUGAUUCGAAAAAAUUUUCCAAUGGAGAGAUUAGUAUUGAAAUCCAGAACUCAGUUAGAGAAAAGGAUGUUUUUAUCAUACAAUCGGGAUGUGGACAUGUAAAUGACAACUUUAUUGAGUUGUUGAUUAUGAUAGCUGCAUGUAAGACGGCAAGUGCCAAGAGAGUUACAGCAGUUUUACCGUUAUUCCCAUAUUCAAGACAGCCUGAUGUUCCCCAUGCAGCAUCGCUCACAGGAGCACCUUCUGUAAGCACUAAGAAGGACCAGUAUACGUUUGAAAGUGCACCUAGUACCCCUCGACCAUUAUCAAGAGGUGAAUUGGAAACAGAAGGCCAGGUUUCACCUACACCUUCAUCAGGAAACAGCUCGCAACAGACAGAAACUCUCUUGAGUAAGGCUACGAUGAAUAAUAUCAAGCAGCCAGUUCCUACGAGGAUCAAUACGAAGAUCCCUUCGUACACACCUACAUCAAUUGUGACUAAUUCAGCAGCUACAAAUUUGCCUAACGUGGAUGUGUACGGGAAGACCGAGAGUGGUUACAAGCAAUGGAUUGCGCAAAACGGUACAUUGAUUGCCAACUUAUUAACUACUGCUGGGGCUGACCGCUGCAUUACUAUGGAUUUACAUGAUCCUCAAUUUCAAGGUUUCUUUAACAUUCCUGUGGAUAAUCUCUACUCCAAGCCAUUGUUAAAGCAUUACAUUAUAGACUACAUCCCUAAUUAUGAGGAUUGUGUUAUUGUUUCGCCAGACAGUGGAGGAGCCAAGAGAGCCACUUCUAUUGCUGAUGCACUUGGAUGUUCGUUUGCGUUAAUUCACAAGGAGAGAAGGGCCAAGGUCGCUAAUACACCUCCAUCCACCAAUGCUACGAAUAUUGGUGCAAAUUCGGCGCACAAUCCUUUGGUGGCCACAACCAUGUUGGUUGGUGAUGUUAAGGACCGUGUUUGUGUGUUGGUGGAUGAUUUAGUUGAUUCAUCCUACACUAUCACGAGGGCUGCUAAGUUAUUAAAGGACCAAGGAGCCAAAUACGUGUAUGCUCUCGUUACCCACGGAAUUUUCAGUGGAGAUGCCAUCAACAGAGUCAACAAGUCUGCAGUGGACAAGUUUAUUGUCACCAACUCUGUUCCUCAAGCCCACAACAUAGGCGUGUUAGGUGACAAGCUCGAAGUGUUGGACAUCUCAAGGAUAUUGGCCGAAUCGAUCAGAAGAAUCCAUAACGGUGAAUCCGUUUCAAUGCUUUUCGACCACGGAUGGUAG